UCAAACUGUGCUUCCGAUUAUCUCAGUACAGCAAAAAAAAAAAAAAAAACUACUAAAAUGAAGGUCUUAAUCCUUCUUGGUGCUGUAAUCGCUGGAGUUCUUUCAGACGACUGGUCCCCGAUGGAUCCCGAAGAGGUGGCUUUCGAGCAGGCAAAAUGCAUGGAAGAUCACUUCGGCAAUGAUUUUGGCCUUGCGGAAAAAUGGAUGAAGUGGAACCUGGCUGAGAGCGAUGGCAAAACGGCGUGCUACGUGAAAUGCCUUGUUGAGGCUUUGGGAAUGUACGACAAGCAAGCGUUCCAGCCCAACAACAUUAAACAGCAGUAUGAGGCGUAUAAAAGUGACAAUGGAGUAGACCAGGCAAAAAGUGAUGCCAUCGCAAAUGAGUUGGGAAAAAUUGACGCUAAAGAUGGCAAAUGUGAGUCAAUCGCUAAAGGAUUCAUUCAAGUUAACAACGCAAAUAAGGGAGUUUUGGAGAAAAUAUACUUGUUAGAUAGCAGUGUGAGAGAUGCAAUUUACAAGAAAAAUCCGCAAAUUAAACCGAAGGGCAUAUCGAUUUUCCGCUUCUGUGGAAAACAAUUUUAUCAAGAUGGAGAAGCAGCUUACUGCAACGUACGAAAGCAUGGUUUUUCAGAUGAUCCCAAGUUUAUCAAACAUAGCAAUUGUACUACUCGGGGCAUGAGAUGGAUGAAGAAGAAUGGAGAAAUGGACGAAUCUGCAAUCAUACGAGGCUUACAUGACGUAAACGAAAAUGGCAAAGAUGAUGUGGUUAAGAAUUCAUUAAAAAAUUGUAACGCCAAAGAUGAAUCCAAAGCACGGGACUACUACAAGUGUAUUUACGAUGGGCUUGGCGAACAACUUUUUAUGAAGGUUUUGGACUACAUUGAAGUUCGUUCGGAAAACUACAGCUAUCGUUUGCGCGAAGCAACUUCCAAGUACGAUGCCAAUGCGAUGAGAUCGAAAGUACAAGCGCUCGAUUCGGAAGCUAAGUGCUGAAGUGCUGAUCUGGAACUAUGGAAAGCUAGUUGGAAACUGCUUACUUAAUCUGACCCUUUAUGAUACAUAUUAAUUAAUAAAAUUAAAUCAAUCAAGCAGCAAUUCAUAAAA